GUCUAAUGUGUUAUUUUUGUUUCAUUCACUUCUCACUUACCUCCCUGCUGUUCCCUUAUGGACAUUCUAUCCAUUUUGUUUUCAUUUAACUAUUCGCUCUAUCCAGUACCUGGAAAAGGGGCCUUCUUGAAUGUGGGCUUGUCCCUGCCAAAUCGUUCCCAAACCGCUCUUUUAAAAAGAAAAUCCCCUCUCUCCUAAUACACUAUUUCUUUCUUCCUCUGUCCAGAGCUGCCGUAUGGCUGGGAGAAGAUUGAUGACCCUAUCUAUGGCAGUUACUACGUAGACCACAUCAACAGAAGGACCCAGUUUGAGAACCCCGUCCUGGAGGCCAAGAGACGACUGGAGCAGCAGCAGCAGAUGCAGAGCCAGGGACUGUCAGCUCUGCCCUUACCGACUAUUUACAGAGAGAAGCCCCCGUUCACACGGGACCCCACACAGCUGAAGGGCUCCUUCUUGUCAACGGCUCUCCAGAAGAGCAACAUGGGAUUUGGCUUCACCAUCAUUGGAGGGGACGAGCCGGAUGAGUUCCUGCAGGUCAAGAGUGUCAUACCUGAGGGCCCAGCCGCACAGGAUGGGAAGAUGGACACAGGUGACGUUAUAGUCUACAUCAAUGACAUCUGUUGCCUGGGCACAACGCACGCCGACGUGGUCAAACUCUUCCAGUCCGUGCCCAUCGGCCAGAGCGUCACCCUGGUCCUCUGCCGGGGAUACCCCCUACCAUUUGACCCUGAGGACUCUAUUGGAGUGUCCACCAGCGCCACCCUGACCCCCAUGGGCCUGGAACACCGACCCCUGGUGGUGAAUGGGCGCAGUAGCUAUGACCCUUACCUGGAGUACCUCUCCCUGAGUUCCCAGCUCCCUCCCCAGGCUCUAACACAGCCCGGGGCACCCCACCUUGAUGGGUCCUCACUACCUCCCACCACCGUCCGGUCUGCACAGGCCAUGGCACCGCACGACGACAACAUCUCCAUGGCAUCGUCGGGGGCGACAGGGAUUGCCGGGGGCGUGAUCCAGGGGGCAGAGCUGCUGACCGUAACCAUUGUGAAGGGGGCAGAGGGGUUCGGAUUCACCAUCGCCGACAGCUCCACUGGGCAGUGUGUCAAACAGGUGUUGGAGCCGGGUGUACAGGGCGGAGUGGGUCUGAGUGAAGGAGACCUAAUACUGGAGGUGAACCAGCAGGGUGUUGUGGGGGCAGGACAUGGACGUGUGGUGGAGCUGCUCAAAGAGUGUUCUGUCGGAGCCGAGGCCACGCUACUCAUACAGAGAGGAGGAGGGGCAGGUCACCUCUCUCCAUGGAAGACCUCCAAACAGGUACCAGAGCAGUGGGACCCCCAUGGUAAUCCCCAGACCAGUCUGUCAGCCCAAGUGCUUCCCUCAGGCACACCCUUCCCUACCCAGCCACAGCACAGCACCUCGGUCCCCGACUCUACAGAGGGCUUCGACCUCAACAAGCCCGACCCAUACGACCUCUAUGAGAAGUCUAGGGCCAUCUAUGAGAGUAGGCGUCCAGAGUACCAGGAUGUGGAGGUGCACCUGUUGAGGGAGAAGACUGGGUUUGGCUUCCGCAUCCUGGGGGGAGACGAGGCCGUGCAGGCUAUUGUGAUCGGGGCGAUCAUAGAGAACACUCCUGCAGAACGCGACGGACGACUUCGACCCGGGGACGAGCUCAUCUCCGUGGAUAAGAUGGUGGUUGCUGGGAAACCACACAGAUACGUGAUCGACCUGAUGCACGCCGCCGCUCGCAAUGGCCAGGUCAGCCUGGCGGUCCGGAGGAGAGUCCACUUCCCCAGUGAGGUGUUAGGGGUGAAUGGCCGUAGCCCUGGCUCCGUGUCCACGCAGCACAGCUCCCCGCACAGCGACGACGCCUCAGCUUCCUGUCCCGUCACCCCCGACAACGUCCCGCCGCCCUCUGUCACCUCCCCCCUGGAGGGUGCCGUCCCCCUGCAAACCAAUGAUGUCAUCAUCCACCGCAAAGAGAACGAAGGCUUUGGCUUCGUUAUCAUCAGCUCGUUGAACCGACCGGAGAACGCUGCCAUCAUCACUGUGCCCCAUAAGAUCGGUCGUAUCAUCAAGAGCAGCCCGGCAGACCGCUGCGGGAGCCUGAAGAUUGGUGACCGGAUCCUGGCUGUCAAUGGGCAGUCCAUCAUCAGCAUGCCCCACGCUGACAUUGUCAAGCUCAUCAAAGAUGCCGGUCUCACUGUCACCCUUCACAUCAUACCAGAGGAAGAUCUCAACUCAGGGCCCAGCUCAGAGAAGCAGAGCCCCAUGACCCAGAAACACAGCCCCCAGGCACAGCCCAGCCCUGGAGCCACCCAGCCCAGCCAAGGAGCCUCCCAGGCAGGCCCAGCACCACCAACAGCCCAGCCAGGUCAAGUACUAGCAGUAGACACCCAGCCGGCCCCAGGAGCAGCCGCCCAGCCCAACCCGCCAGGGGCCCAGCAGAGCCCGGUCGCCCAGCCGCCCAGUCACCCUCCCCCAAUCUACCUCCACGAUGGAAGGUCAGAGGUGAAAGCCAGGCAGGAUGUGAAACCAGACAUCUGCCAGCCUCCGUUCACCGACUACCGGCAGCCCCCCGUCGACUACCGGCACCCUCCAGUGACUGAUUACCGGCAGCCGCCCACACUGGACUACCGGCACCCUCCUCCCCUCAUCGACUACAGACAGCACUCGACAUCACUCGCUGCACAGUUUCCCCCAGACUUCCGACCACAGGACUUUGACUACUUCACGGUAGAGCUGGAGAAGAGUGUGAAGGGUUUUGGCUUCAGUAUCCGUGGGGGGCGGGAGUACAAGAUGGAUCUGUUUGUGCUGCGGCUCGCCGAGGAUGGGCCGGCCAUCCGCAAUGGCAGAAUGAGGGUGGGGGAUCAAAUCAUUGAGAUAAAUGGGGAUAGUACCCGAGACAUGACUCACGCCCGGGCCAUCGAGCUGAUCAAGGCAGGGGGGAGGUGGGUGAGACUGCUGCUGAAGAGAGGCACAGGACAGGUGCCUGAGUAUGGUGGGUAUCCACCAAACACACCUCCCAUAUUUAUUUCUCUUUCUCUAGACAGUGCCCCCCCCUGGGAGGCCAUUCCUCCAGCCCUCUCUGCCCUGCAGGAAGUGACCCUUGACCCCCAGCAGCUGUCCACCUCAUCUUUCUCAUCCCAUCCAGCCUUCACCCCAUACUCCCCCCACCAGCUCCUUUUAGAGGCCACACCGCGUAUGGCAGCCCAUUCUCCAGACCCCAGCGCCACGAAAGGGGCUAUAGGUGGCAGGUGCACCAGCCCAGGGGCACCGUCCGUGGGCAAAGAACCCUGCAGUGGCCUGAGGAGUUGGAGGGGGCCCCGAGAGCCCCAACCUCCGCCGCGGCCCCCCGAAAGCUAG